GAGGCCCCGCCCAUGCUCGAAAGGACAGGAGGAUAUGACUGCAGUUGAUAGACGGUUUGGUAGUGAUGUAAUUUUAGCCGUUUGUUGACUACGGAUGGCUGUUUGUGCCAGGCUUUGCGGAGUCGGACAGUCCCGAAGGUGCCGGAGACGACAGAGGAACGACCAGCAGGACCAAGGGAGCGAUUCUGACAUGGACGAGGAAGAAGAGGAGCGGAUCGUCGGCCAGCGGAGAAGCGACGCAGGUACCGCCGGAGGCCCCGGGCGCGUCGCGGCAGCCGCGGCCGCCACUGCAGGGCCGAGUGACGCUUGUGAAGAUGGCAGCGGUCAUAUCAACAGAGGAGGCUCGAACAGGGGACCUCUACACCCGGAGUCUUUAAUGGAACUACCCCCGGAGCUCUUGGUGGAAAUAUUCUCCUUGCUUCCCGGAACAGUGUUACCAAAUGUCGCACUGGUAUGCAAAAAAUUCAGACAAAUCCUCAACACAGAAACCAUAUGGAGAAGACGAUGCGUGGAAGAGUUCGGCAUGAAGGAGGAUCUGAGGAAGAUGGAAGCCGGAGGGGUGUCCAGCCAAGACCUCUACGUCAAACGUGUCGUCUUGCGGGUGAAGUCUGGGCGCUUUAUGAAGCUCCUGCCUGACUACGAGCACAUGGACUAUAGAGACGUGUACACACACUUGCUUCACCCGUACAGGCACAUACUGGGGCUUUGGCAGCCUGACAUCGGCCCUUAUGGGGGAUUGCUCAAUGUUGUGGUGGAUGGGUUAUUCAUUAUUGGCUGGAUGUACCUGCCGCCUCAUGAUCCCCGUGUGGAAGAUCCGAUGAGAAGGCGACCGCUUUUCCGCAUCCAUUUGAUGGAGAGCAAAAAGGCCACUGUGGAGUGCAUGUAUGGACACAAAGGCCCCCACAAGGGAGACAUACAGACCGUAAAGAAAGAUGAAUUUUCUACAAAAUGCAACCAGACUGAUCAUCAUCGGAUGCCAGGAGGCAGACAGGAGGAAUUUAGGACCUGGUUGGAGGAAGAAUGGGGUCGCACACUGGAAGAAAUCUUCCAUGAACACAUGCAGGAGCUCAUCCUGAUGAAGUUCAUUUACACCAGUCAAUAUGAUAACUGCUUGACAUACAGGCGGAUCUACCUGCCUCCUGUGAUGCCCUCAGAUCUGCUGCAGCCAGGCUUAUUCAAAGGCACUUAUGGAAGUCACGGCUUGGAGAUCGUCAUGCUUAGUUUCCACGGGACGUCUGCAAGAGCCACUAAGCUUACUGGAGACCCAAACGUCCCCGCAGGGCAACUCACCCUGGACGUUGACCUGAGUCAGCCCGUCGACCUCCCAGAGUUGGACAAACAGCGCAACAUCGACGAGCUGUCGCGGAUCAUAUUGGAAAUACACGGGAAAGUACAAAGAGAGGCGGAACAGCCGGCCUGCGGCCCCUCCGCUAACGUCGGACACGCAGCAGAGGGAGCAGGUGGUGUUGAGCGUGCAGCGGAGGAGGCGAUGGAGGUGGACCAUGGUGCCUGCACAGACGCAUGCCAGUCUGGCCCCAGCAGUAGUAGCCCUCCGUCUGAGGCUAAGCCCUUUGUUUUGCCUUUAGGGGUCAUUGCUCGCAAUGAGGUGUACCCUCGCACCUGCAGAAAAAGCUUCUAUGGGACGGGCCUGAUCGCUGGGCACGGCUUCACGAGUCCGGAGCGCACGCCGGGGCUCUUUGUGCUGUUCGACGAGGACCGUUUCGGGUUCAUCUGGCUGGAGUUGAAGUCUUUCAGCCUGUACAGUCGGCUGACGGACAACCUCCCCCACGCCCACGCGCCCAACAUGGAGCGGUUCGAGGCCAUGCUGUGCAACAUGCAGUCUUGGACAUCCUGAUGCAUCGAGCUUUAAGCAAAAAUAACCCGUGCUCGUCGUGAAUCGCCUCCACCGAGGACAUCUUGACAGCUCAUGACCUCGGCUCUCAAUGUUCAGCCUUACCGCUGUUUGAAGUUGGGUUUUACUGUGCAACUCUACCUGCUUCUGUCGCCCUGACCUAACGCACUUAUAUCUCUCCCCCCCACCCCACCGCACAUGCACUCUGAAGGGCCUCCCAUGUCACUGUUUAUCACCUCAACCUGGUAUGACCUUAAUCUACCUAGUGCAGCAUGAUAACGGGUCACAUAAAAGUUUAUUUAUUCCCCCGCAGACUAAAGAGAGCAAUGGUACGACUCAUAUCACCCGUUACGGAUCAAACUGUAUGUGCCUGUGAUUCCAGAACCAUGUCUGUACCCGAUAGUGCUUGAAGCAGAUAAAAAAAAAAAAGUGUUCAAUGUAUUCUGUUACAUCAUAGUAUUAUACCAGCUUCAGUGCCGACCAUGGUGACGUGCAUGCUGCGUUUACUUAGAUCUAAUCGACUUUGCACUCAUAACCACUAUCUGAACAUGUUUGGUUUGUAUAAAGCAGCAUGCCUUGUUUUUUUUUGUUUUGUUUAUUCCAAUAGGUAAAUUAAGAAAUUACAUCUCAGGUGUUUGUCUUGGUUUCAAGUCCAAAAAAAACCAAUAAUUUUUGAGCUAUCAGUAUUUUCAGCAGGAAGAUACAGGAAAUUGUUUUUAAUUUGGCAAAUGUUCCAGUUGUCAAUCUUCCAUUUUUUUUUUUUUUUUUUUUUAUCAAACAUUGAACGUACAUUAUCCAAUUUUGUCUUGACCAAUUCAUCUUUGCUCUUUGAACUAUACCUGCGAAUCAUUUUCAGCGGUAAUGCAUUUUGCAACACUUAAUGUCACCCACCCAACAUAUUAGCCUAUUUAUAAAAAGCUGGAAAGAUGUAUUGUAAUGCAGUAGGUAAUCUAUACAGUAGUUUUAAAUUGAAGUAUCCAAAUAUAAUGUUUUUUUUUGCUUCUGUGAAAAAUGUCUCCCAUCUUUAAAACGUGUGUUUCCACGGCUGACACGGUGUUUUUGCCUGGCUUUAUUUGCUGAAGACCUUUUACCUCCAGUUCCCUCCAUGAUGAUUUCUAACCUGCUGAUCAUUGCUCAGACCAACGGCUCAAAGUUCAAAGUAACUCUCUGCGUGGCUCGUUGCGGCCAUCUGAUGGCGAUGCCCAGUAGCUUUCUCACUCCAAGUGCACUUUUCUGGGCAGGUGAGUAAAUCAUGAAAACCGGUGGCCAGCACUUUUUCCUUUUAUUUAUUUCGCAGACCGCUGUUUUGCUAACAUCUGCGAAACAGUUGCCCUGCUGAAGCAUCCUUGACAUGUCACAUUUUAUUAACUUUACGUGAACUUUUUAUUGAAAUUCUCCUGUCUGUAAGCCCGGCUAUAAGAAUGAUUUGCCUUUGAAGUGUGUUGCUUUGUAUUGAUGCCACAAUGCUUGGUUUCGUUGGAAGUUUUAGGUUUGACCUUUUUGAACUGCUCAGAUCAGACUUCAGGGAGCUUUUCAGCUUAAGCACUCAAUAAUAAAAAUUAAAAUCUC